ACGAAACCUAUCUCUCUCUCUCUCUCUCUCUCUCUCUGUUUGGAUCUUUGAAGAAUGAGGAUGACCGCUUCUUCAGCUUACUGUGUGGCACACGCCAACCCUCCUUUCCGCCUCAGAACGAAAACUAUGUUUAUCCUCUCUACACCGCCUUCUCCGCCAACCACAUUCUUCUCAACUCCUUCUGCUAGGGUUUCAUUCUUCUCUUCCAAGCAUUCUUCUUCUGCUUCUCCUUCCUGCUCCCUCACUCCCAAGGUUAAAUCCAAAGACAGCAACUGCAACUACCUUCUCUCCGCCAAACACUCUCCCCCUAACAUGGCCUCUUCCGUCUCUUCUCGCACUUUUCUCAACGCUCAAAACGAACAAGAGCUCCUUUCUGGAAUCAGAAAGGAAGUAGAAGCGGGAUCCCUGCCUCCUAACGUUGCUGCAGGGAUGGAAGAAGUGUACAAUAACUACAAAAAUGCAAUUAUCCAAAGUGGAGAUCCCAAGGCAAAUGAGACUGUAUUGUCAAAUAUGACUGUUUUAUUAGAUCGCAUAUUUUUGGAUGUGACGGAUCCUUUUGUCUUUCAACCACAUCACAAGGCAAAGAGAGAGCCUUUUGACUACUACAUGUUUGGUCAAAAUUAUAUCCGUCCUUUAGUGGAUUUCACAAAAUCUUAUGUUGGCAACAUGCCCCUUUUCAUUGAAAUGGAAGAGAAACUUAAGCAGGGACACAAUAUCAUCUUGAUGUCAAAUCACCAAACUGAAGCAGAUCCAGCCAUCAUUGCACUGCUGCUUGAAACACAACUCCCAUAUAUUGCUGAAAACAUGACCUAUGUAGCAGGAGAUAGAGUUAUAACCGAUCCUAUGUGCAAGCCCUUCAGUAUUGGCAGGAAUCUCAUUUGUGUUUACUCUAAAAAGCACAUGCUUGAUGAUCCAGCACUUAUAGAGACGAAAAGAAAAGCAAAUAUACGAAGUUUGAAGGAAAUGGCUGUACUUUUAAAGAGUGGAUCACAGAUAGUCUGGAUUGCCCCUAGUGGUGGUAGGGAUAGACCAGAUCCCCACACCAAAGAAUGGGUGCCGGCACACUUUGAUUCUUCUUCGGUAGAUAAUAUGCGAAGGCUUGUCGAACAUUCUGGUCCACCGGGUCAUGUAUAUCCUUUGGCAAUAUUGUGCCAUGAUAUAAUGCCCCCUCCACUAAAGGUUGAAAAAGUAAUUGGGGAGAAAAGACUUAUAUCCUUUCAUGGGGCUGGGAUAUCGGUGGCUCCAGAGAUAAGCUUUUCUGAAACCACUGCUGCUUGUGAAAAUUCUGAUAUGGCUAAGGAGGUAUAUACAAAGGCUCUGUACGAUUCUGUGACGGACCAAUAUAAUGUGCUGAAAUCUGCCAUACAUGGUAAAGAAGGAUUUCAAGCAUCAACUCCCGUAGUUUCUUUGUCGCAGCCAUGGAAGUAGUUGAAAUCUGCGUUGUCUUUGUCACGCUUUGCACUGAUGAUCAGGAAUUAAGCUAAACAAUAAAGAUAGGAAGUAGAUGGAAGCUCCGAAUAAAAUGCUUGUCUUCCCUUAAAAUUAGGAUUGUACAUUGAUGUGCUACACCCCACUGACUUUAUUUUCAUGGCUGGAGGCUCCAACUGUUUUUCCCAUUUAGACGCAAGUUACAAGACAUCAGUCAAACAAUUUCAACUGAUUAGCUUUUGAGGGACUGCCUUAUCACUACACCCAAUGAUUAGCUUGAUGGAAGCUUGCAGUCAAGUACAUAUGUUUGUUUCACUUUUCUUUUUGCCCUUGCCGUUAUCAGUGUUGAAUUCAUCAGGAAUCGAUUUCAGAAGGUUCAAAUUCAGCUGCUUACUGUACAGUUCCUCUCAGUUCCGUGAUAGAUGCAGUUCAUUGACUGAUAAGAUACUAAAUUUUUUACCAACAAUUUUGUGUAUCAGGCCCCUUUUUAGCUAGCUGAAUAGAUAAAAGCUCAUUACUUCCAUUUGUAUUUGUAAGUCAACUUUGUUGCAAUAUAGAUGGAUAGUUAUUUGUUAAUAUCAGAACGUGUUCAGAAUCAAUUGUUAAGUCAGUGCCAGUGUAUAAACUGGUUCAAAUGCAAAAGCAAGAUUAUUCAUGUUG